UGCCGAGGGGGUGGUGCUCGUGAGCGCGCGAGGAACGGGGUCGGGGCGCGGGGCGUAACCCACGAGCCCGUGUGUGGCCCGCUGGCAGUGCCCCGACUGCUCCAGCGUUGAGGACGUCCAACAUCCUUUAGGAAAAGGAGUAAGUUGAGCUGAAGAGCUGAUUGACUGGGCGAGGCAAGGGCCCAAUUGAGGGAAGCACCGGAGAAGGAUGGAAUAAAGCGGGCCUGCAGGGCUUUCUUGAGGAACGAAGAUGGACACAGGAAUGGACUUCCCAGAACCUCUUCAAGGAAGGACUUGUUGGCCCAGCUUUUGAGAGUGUGGUAGUCCUUCCAGAUGUCAGCUCCUUCAGCAACGGCCUCAGCUUCAGAGAGUGGCCUCGCCUUCCCUCUGAGGAGCAGCAGCAUCCUGAGACUGAUGGGCGUGGAUGGAAGGACCUUGCUGUUUCUGGAACAACUCCCAUGAGCCAUCACUUCAGCUUCAGAGCUCCCUGUGGGCUUGACAGAGGCUGUCCAGCCUGCAUCGCAGCUCAGCUGCUCCCUCUGCCUGCUCCUCCUUCCGUCCACAGGUGUCAGUCUACAGCACAUUCCCUGAUAACAUUCUGAACUCGAAACUCCUCUGCAGAGUCUGCUUCCUGGAGUACCCAGCUACGACCCUGAGUGUAUUUCAGACCCAAGGACCGAGGAACUGACAGCUAUCAGGCCGUGUAACUCCCAGUGUAAAAAUCCACAGAUAAUCCUUAUCAUUAGUCUUUCUUUUCCAUCAAAGAGAGAAGCAACAUUUCACAGAGAUGGUCUAACCACAAUUUAAAGUCCUUCCCAUCCUCUGUUGACACUUUUGAGCCUCCGGAUUAAGAUCUCUAGGGACAGCAGAUUACAGUGCAACAAACAAAGAUUUUGGAAACAAACGAGGAUUUAUACUCUGGCUCUGAAAUUUACUGUCUAUGAUCAAAUCACAUAAUCUGGGUCUUUGUUUCUUCAUCCUCUACGUGAGGGAGCAAUUAACCUCUAAGGAUUUUUUGUGAAAAUUAAGGCAAUGCACUGCGGCUCUACAAAUUCUCUGGCUGCUGUUGGCCUCCUGAGUCCUCCCGCUCCCUCCAUUCUGGCAAACUGAACUUCUGGUAGGGACGGCUCUGGCACCAUUCACAUAUGGGUUUAUGGAACAAAGAAUCAAAAAUAACUUCAGCAACGAGAGAAGAGCCCCUGGAGGGGGUGAACAUCACCAGCCCGGUGCGCUUGAUCCACGGCACUGUGGGGAAGGCGGCCCUGCUCUCCGUGCAGUACAGCAGCACCAGCAGUGACAAGCCCGUGGUGAAGUGGCAGCUGAAGCGGGACAAGCCGGUGACCGUGGUUCAGUCCAUCGGCACAGAGGUCAUUGGCACCCUGCGGCCUGACUAUCGAGACCGCAUCCGCCUCUUCGAAAACGGCUCCCUGCUUCUCAGCGACCUGCAGCUGGCCGACGAGGGCACCUAUGAGGUCGAGAUCUCCAUCACCGAUGACACCUUCACUGGGGAGAAAACCAUCAACCUCACUGUGGAUGUGCCCAUUUCGAGGCCACAGGUGUCAGUGGCUUCAACCACAGUGCUGGAGCUCAGCGAGGGCUUCACCCUGAACUGCUCACAUGAGAAUGGCACCAAGGCCAGCUACACCUGGCUGAAGGAUGGUAAGCCUCUCCUCAAUGACUCACGAAUGCUCCUGUCCCCGGACCAAAAAGUACUCACCAUCACCCGCGUGCUCAUGGAGGACGAUGACCUGUACAGCUGUGUGGUGGAGAACCCCAUCAGCCAGGGCCGCAGCCCGCCCGUCAAGAUCACUGUAUACAGAAGAAGCUCCCUCUACAUCAUCCUGUCCACAGGAGGCAUCUUCCUCCUUGUGACCUUGGUGACAGUCUGUGCCUGCUGGAAACCCUCCAAAAAGUCUGGGAAGAAGAGGAAGCUGGAGAAGCAAAACUCGCUGGAAUAUAUAGAUCAGAAUGAUGACCGCCUGAAACCAGAAGGUGAGCUCCCAGCCACCCACUCACCCAUCCCAUCUUCACUCAGAUCAGUGGGCUGCUGGGAAAAGGCAGAACUGGGCCACAAGGAAGCCAGCUCUGCAGGGCCCCUUCCUCCACCAACUGCACGAAGACUGCAGAGCAGGGAGAGGAGCGGCCAAGCAGACACCCUCCCACGAAGUGGAGAGCAGGAGCGGAAGAACCCCAUGGCACUCUACAUCCUGAAGGACAAGGACUCCCCAGAGCCCGAGGAGAACCCCGCCCCGGAGCCUCGGAGCGCGACAGAGCCCGGCCCGCCCGGCUACUCCGUGUCGCCCGCCGUGCCGGGCCGCUCGCCGGGGCUGCCCAUCCGCUCGGCCCGCCGCUACCCGCGCUCCCCCGCGCGCUCCCCCGCUACCGGCCGGACGCACACGUCGCCGCCCCGGGCCCCGAGCUCGCCCGGCCGCUCGCGCAGCGCCUCGCGCACACUGCGGACUGCGGGCGUGCACCUGAUCCGCGAGCAGGACGACGCCGGCGCGGUGGAGAUCAGCGCCUGAGCCGCCGCGGGACGCCCCGGGGGGG